AUGGCUCCUCUUUGUUCAGUAUUCGUUGGUCCUGAAGUCCCUGGUGAGGGUCGCGUCCGUCGGUCUGUGCUGGCCCAGGACGACAUUGUCGACACUCCUGCCCAGGGAGUCCAUACUCUUUACGAUGUCCUGCAGUACAGUGUCCGACGCAGACCCGAGGCGGCAGGUAUGGCCUAUCGCAAGGUUGUCAAGGUAGUCGAGGAACAAAAAGAGGUCGUCAAGAUCGUCAAUGGAGUCGAGCAAAAACAGACCAAGAUCUGGAAGUUCUUUCAGUUGUCAGCCUACCACGACAUCUCAUACUCUGAAAUCUCAACAACCGCUCAUGAUAUCGGAGCUGGUCUUGUAGCCUUGGGCGUCAAGCCAAAGGCAAAGAUCGAAAUAUUUGCUCCCACAACUGCUGAUUGGAUGCUCAUGGCUCAUGGUGCUUUUACUCAAAACAUGACCAUCGUUACUGCCUACGACACCCUUGGUCCCGAAGGUCUUUUGCACUCGAUGAACGAAACGGGUGUCGAGGCCUUGUUUACAAGCGCUGAUCUUCUACCUGUCGUGCUUAGUGUUCUUCCAAAGUCCACUAGUGCCGUCAAGCCUGUGGUCAUUUAUGCCGGUGAAGCCAAACCAGAAGUCCUCAAGCAGUUUGAAGAACUUGAGGGCCAGACCAAGGCCAAGGUUCUGUCGAUCGACGAACUCAAGAAGACUGGAAAAAACGCACCUGUUGCACCCGUAAAGCCUCUGCGCGAUGAUCUGUGCUGUAUCAUGUACACAUCUGGUUCCACCGGUAACCCCAAGGGUGUUGUUCUCAAGCAUUCCAACCUAGUUGGCGCUAUUGCUGGUACAGAUCGCCUUUUGGGACAUUUCCUCAGCGAAAGUGACAAAAUGAUGGCAUAUCUUCCAUUGGCCCACGUCCUUGAGUUCUUGGUCGAGAAUCUGUGUAUCUUUUGGGGAGCCACUCUGGGCUACGGUAACCCUCGUACCCUCACAGACGCAUCGGUGCGCAACUGCCAAGGUGAUAUCAAGGAAUUCAGCCCGACUAUUAUGACCGGUGUACCGGCUGUCUGGGAAUCGAUCCGCAAGGGUAUCCUGGCCGGAAUCCACAAGACCAGCCCGUCUGCCCAGAUGAUCUUCCAGCGCGCCCUGGAUACAAAGGCCUGGAUGAUGGAACGUGGUUUACCUACCCGUCUCUUGGACACCGCUGUCUUUAACAAGGUCAAGGCACAACUGGGCGGAAAAUUAAGAUUUGCACUUUCGGGUGGAGCUCCCCUCUCGAUGGAAACACAGAGGUUCCUGACGACUGCUAUUUGUCCAGUACUUGGAGGUUAUGGCAUGACAGAAAGUAAAAUGUGUGCUAUCAUGACUCCCGAGAGCUUUUCUAAUGGACCGGUUGGAGCACCUGUGCCUUGUUGUGAAAUCAAAUUGGUCGAUGUGCCAGAGGCCAACUACCUGUCCUCAAACACACCCAAGCCGCAGGGUGAGAUCUGGGUGCGUGGUUCAUCGGUCACUGUGGGGUACUGGAAGCAGGAGGAGCUGACCAAGGAGGCCCUGACGGACGAUGGCUGGUUGCGGACAGGAGAUGUAGGCGAGUGGAACGCAGAUGGAACGCUGUCUGUGAUUGACCGUAUCAAGAACCUGGUGAAGCUCAGCAAUGGAGAGUACAUCGCACUCGAGAAACUGGAGUCCGUGUACAAGGCAGCACUUGGGGUGGCUAACGUGUGUAUCCAUGGUGACUCACUCCGCCCUAGUCCGGUUGCCCUGGUGGUUCCAGUCGAGGCCCGAUUGAGAAAGCUAGCCGAAGAAACGGGUCAGGACGCCAAGGCUGAAUUGAAGGAGUUGUGCGCCAACAAGGACAUCAUCAAGGCGUUCUUGGGACAGUUGCAAGCCCAGGCCAAAAAGUCCGGGUUCAAGCCUGCCGAGAUUGUGGUUGGUGUUCACUUGUGUUCCGAAGAUUGGACCUCUGAAAAUGGAAUGUUGACGGCUGCACAGAAGCUGAAAAGGCAUGACAUCAACAAGAAGUACAAGGCGGAAUUGGAGGCACUGAAUGCUGCCCAGAAAUCCUAA